AUGACGACCAACAACCAGGCUGCACCGAGCUUCCAUACCAGUCUUUGCCAGUACAUCCUUUGGAGAAAGCAGAACCCUUUUCAAGCCCCGAUCCACGUCUCGCCAGACAUCCGCCGCCUUCAACCCAACGCACCAUCAGAGCUGCUCAAGCUUCCGCCAGAGAUGCGGCAUGAGAUCUACGAAUAUCUGGUCGACACCGAGCCGUCGGGCAACGCUCAGCUCGGGGCAUUCGCGAUGAGGCGGUCGAUCAUGGAUGAGGAGCGGGUGCUGGCAGUCACCACAACCACAUCUGGCUGGAAUUUGAAGAUCACCUUGGAUGGUGUCCACCACGAAGGUCUUCCGCAAUUCGACAACAUCCGAUGUCUGGAAUUCCUCGUCAAUGUGGAGGGCUCGAGGACCGCGGUGGAACAACUUCGCGGGCUGAAUCAAGUGUUGCGUUCGACCUUUGAUGAUGUGCGAACCAGUAAAGUCCAGAGAGUCGAGCUGACAAUCAAUACCGCUACCGAUCUGACCUUCAGCCACCAGCAUCUGCGCGAGUACCUGUCCCCCGCCAUCGCAGUUGCCUUGAGCGUCCCGCAGAGCACUUUUUCUCUCACCGAGCCAUGGCCCGACCUCAUGCAAUCCAGGUUCAUGCCCUCCUGGCAAUUCGACCCCAUCGAUCCCGCGGCCAUGCGCAGACUCAUCCCUGCCCGUCAAGAAGUCCAGAAGGAGUCGAAGCUAUUCAACAAGGUGCAGGCGAUGCUCGACCCCAAACACCAUUUGAAGAAACUUCCGCAUGUGGCGGGCGUGUUCAACACCCAAUGGCUCGAGAGUCCGGCUGGGUAUUCUGUUGCUCGGCUGAAGAGCGCGGCGGCGCUGCAGCGCUGCGUCGAUCGUGCGACGGCCCGGCUUGUGGAGCGAGAGGAGAAGGAUUUUGACAAGGUUAUUAGGGAGAUUGAGGGCAAGGUGAAGGGAUUGGCGCGGUUGCGGGCUGCGAGGAGGGCAAGGCACGGUGAGCAACAGCAAGUCUGA